AUGCAGGAGGCAGUAGAAUCAUUUGGGGGUGUCCCUGGAGUAGAAGCAGUGUUGUGCAGGCCUCCUUUGUCUUCCAUCAAAAAGCCAGUGAAAUGGGAUGUUGUGAGCUUGGUCAACAACGUUCAGUAUGGCGAGGAAGGUGUCAGAGUAUGGAGAUCCGGCUACAAAAUUCAUUCCUUGGAGCAAGUUUCAUGUUCCUGACCAGGACGAAGUUUCAACACUUCAAUGCAGUGCAGCAAGCGAAAACAUAAAAGCUAAUUUUGUUCCUAUCAAGCCGAGACGAACUGAGUUUGCUAAAACAUCUCAAAAGCACUAAGACAGAACUGAUGAAGGUACUGAUGAUUCAAGUGAAGAAUCGCGCGAUUCCACAACUAAAAUAUUUUUUUCUGCUCGGAAGAGGGUUGCAUUAAGUCCUAUCAACGCCACUCGUCUUUACAGAAGCAUCUCGAAUGUGGGAGACACAAAUAUGUUCUUGAAUAUGAAACUCUUUAUGACCGCGCCGUGCUAGGGUAUGCCUUUAGACUGGAGAAGGGACCGAGUGCUGUGCCGCAACUGCUGGACACGGAAUCCACCCGUCAUCGUCUGUAG